UGUCAGAAACUCCCCUUGGGAUAACAAGCCUGGUACAUAUCAAUUUCUUUGUUUGACAAACUCAUAUAAGCUUGCAGCAUCCAGUGGGCAUAACUGGACACUGCAAGAUGGAGAUUCCUAAGGUUGUGGCUGGGACUGGAGUUAUUGGCUAGUGUCAUGCGCUUGCAAGUAGCUGGGGGCAGCUUACGUGCCAGAGGCUGUGCAUGAACAGCCCAGGAGUGGGGGUUCUCACAGCAGAGCACGGUAAGGCUGGUUCCCCGAGUCAAGGAUUGGAGAGACCUAGCAACUCACUGGUCCAGAUAACACCAGAGGGGAGCGUCACAAAGAGGUUUCCACCCACAAGAGAGAUUAUAUAAGGCCCUGGGAAACGCCUCCAUUUUGUCUCCAGCUGGCUCAGAAGAUAGCCUCUCCACCCCAAAGAGAUGACUGAAAGAAACUGGAACAAAGGACAGUAACUAUGGGGGUGUGAGUGAUUGCUGGACCCAGACUAGGAGGAAGUCUAGUCUGUUAAAGCUUAUUGGAACAUUUCUGAGGGUUAUCAACUUGAGAAUAAUGUGCUGAAUAUUUCUUGGAUGGUAGAGAACAGUGCUCUGCUUUCAUUCCAAGUCUACAUUUUUCAUUGCUUGGACUUGAUCUGAAUUGCAAGAGAGGUGAAAUUUGCCAUUUCAUCCUACAAAGUCAACUCUAGUGCAGGAUUGUUUAAUCACCUCUUCCACAUUUUCCUAAUUAACAGGUAAGUCACCUAUUUCUUGUACUCAAGGAUAUUAUCAUGACAAGAACAAGCGAGCUUGAUUCUCAUUCACACUAAGACCACAUUACCUUGCUCUGACAGUGUAAAAGGGCCUUAAAGUAAAAAUAAAUUAUAUUCAUAUUCACUUCCUUCAAGGCUCCUAUGCAUGACUAGAGCAGUUUAAAAUGGCCUGGGUGUAAAUGAGAAUAAGGCCAAAGGAACAAUUUUGUUAAAUAAAGAAUACGGGCCGCAUUCUCAUUUAGACUUAUGGCUUCUGUUUUCAAGGGUUUAUUUUUAGCAGUUUUUUAGUUUUAUGUAGAUAUCCAAAAAUUAGGGAUGUUCAUUUCUCUUUCUAUAUACUGUAAUGAGUAAUGUCUUUUUUUCAGAACCAAACUAAACCAAAUACAGAAGCACAGAGAGGACAGCACAAGAUGACUGAAGAAGCUGUCACAACAACCUACUACUACGAUCCUGAGUCAGAACCAUGCCAAAAAGCUGAUGUCAAAAAAUUUGCAUCCCAGUUUCUGCCCCUGCUGUACUCCUUGGUGCUGAUAUUUGGCCUGGUGGGCAAUGCGCUAGUCGUGCUGAUCCUGAUAAAAUACAAGAGGCUGAGAAGCAUGACUGACAUCUAUCUGCUGAAUCUGGCAAUUUCCGAUUUACUCUUUAUUCUUUCCCUGCCAUUUUGGGCUUAUUAUGCAGCACGUGAAUGGGAUUUUGGAAAUGCAAUGUGUAAAAUUCUUUCAGGGGUUUAUUAUGCUGGCUUCUACAGUGGAAUCUUUUUCAUAAUACUUUUGACAAUAGAUAGAUAUCUGGCAAUUGUGCAUGCAGUGUUUGCUUUAAAAGCUAGGACAAUUGCCCAUGGCAUCUUCACAAGUGUUUUCAUUUGGGUUCUUGCAAUAUUAGCCUCUCUUCCAGGGUUUAUAUUUCACAGUGUUCAAAAGGAAGGUGCUCACUGGACCUGUAGCCCUCACUAUCCAUCAGGUUAUGAAAUCAAAUGGAAGCGAUUCCUGAUUUUAAAGAUGAACAUCCUGGGACUUUUCAUUCCACUGGUCAUUAUGAUCUUCUGCUAUGCAGAGAUUAUAAAGACAUUACUGAGAUGUAGGAAUGAGAAAAAACAUAAGGCAGUCAGGCUUAUUUUUAUCAUAAUGAUUGUUUAUUUUCUCUUCUGGACACCAUUCAGCAUCGUUGUUCUCAUGUACACUUUUCAAGAUUCAUUUUUCCUAAGUAACUGUGACAGCAGCAGUCAGCUGGAGCUAGCAAUCCAAGUGACAGAAGCAGUUGCAAUGAUCCACUGUUGUAUCAACCCUGUGAUCUAUGCUUUCGUUGGUGAAAAGUUUAGGAAAUAUCUUUAUACCUUUUUCCGAAAAUACAUUGCAAUCUACCUCUGCAAACGCUGUCCAGCUCUUCAUGGUGAUAAAUUAGAACGGGUUAGCUCCACAUACACCCCAUCCACUGCAGAGCAUGAUAUCUCCAUUGGUUUGUAAAGUGCAUUAGAAAUGUAGCCAGUAAAAGUUUCACCAAUAACAGGGGUGCUUUACGUCUCACCCCUAAAAGAUUAUGCAAUUAAACAAAAACUCUUAUUGUCAUCGUAUUAAGACCUGGACAGUUACCAAUCACAGUAAUAAAACUUUUUGUGACAUUGUA